AUGACCAGCUCCACCAAUCAGAUUCCUUCCUGGCCAUGGGUUGGGCUGGAUGACUGCCCGGUGUCCCUUCCAACCUUCCUAUAGGAAAGACUUGCCUCUCCUUCUCUCUCGCCACAGAUCCUGGACUGGCGGCCGAUGGAGGGCCGCCAUUUCCGGUGCGGGAGCUUCCAGAGCAGCACCAGCGACGAGGACCUGGUGGAGGUCGGCGACGGCGGGACUCUCGACUUCUCCCUGGCGGGCGACGUGCCCCCUCUGGACCGAGAAAUGGCGCCAGGUGUGUGUGUGUGUGUGUGUGUGUGUGUGUGUGUGUGUGUAUCAAUAUAUAUCACACAACAUUUGACAUUUGAUUUCCCUCAGACGUUUUUGGCAUUUUCCUCACCUGCUUAAAGAUCAACCCAUUCUCUGGGGAAAUGACUUUGCUCUCCCGGGACUUUGCCCCUUCAACCCCAUUCGCACUUGAGGCUCGUAAUGCAAUGGCUGGCAAGGGAGCCGCUGGUGGGAUCUCAAACCCAGGCCUGUUGCCUCCUAGAAGGGUUGAGCCAAAAGAUUUAAUAAGAGGACACAAAGCAAUUUAUUGUGAUUAUACGUGAAAAUUAAUAGAAAUCAAUUUUUUUAAAAGGGAAAUUAAUAGAUUAAUUUUUUAAAAAAAAUUCAAAUUUAAAUUGGAUUUCUUUUUUCUUUAAAAUGGAGAUUUAAAACGAAAUGCUAUUGGAGGAAAAAUCUUUACAAAAAAUUAAAAAUAAAAUCAUCCUCUUAAUAUUGACAAUAUUUGAAAGAAUAAAAUUUAAAUCCUCUCAGCAGGUUUCCUCUCGUAUGCCGGCAACGGGUUUGACGAAAUCGGCCAGAUGCGCGACUUCCUGGAAGAGCCGCUUCCUGGAGUCGGGACUUACGAAGAUUUCAACACUAUUGACUGGGUGCGAGAAAAAUCCCGAGAUCGAGACCGGCACCGCGAGGUGAGGGUUCCAGGUUUGAAUCUAGGUCUUCGCAAGUGGAUAUGGCUCUCUUCCAAUCAACUGAGAUCCAGAUUCAAAUCCCGUCGGGCUUGCGGUUCCAAUCUUUUCCCUAUUUUACAAAGAGAUUCAACCUCGCUGGCAUUGAUGUUCCAUUUAAAUCCCUAUUUAAAUCAGUCUGGCUGAUUUAAAUCAGGAUUCAAAACCGGGAUUUAAAUUAAAGAUCAGUGCCUGGGAGGUUGAAUCUUUCCAUAAUCAUGCAGACUUGAUUAAAUCCUUUUUUUUUUUUUUAAGGAAAGAUUCAACCUCGCUGACAUUGAUGUUCCAUGUAAAUCCUGGUUCGAAUCCCGAUUUACCGUAUUUUUCGCCCUAUAGGACGCACCGGCCCAUAGGAUGCACCUAGUUUUUUUGGGGGGGGGGAAAUAAAGAAAAAAAAUUAUUCCCCCCCCCCAGCCGCGGCUUCAGCGCGACUCACGCUCCGGGUAGCAGGCUGCUAUCCGCAGCCUAGGGAGCCCUGCAGGAACUCCCGCGGGCUCCCCAGGCUUGCAGAUAUCUGCCGGAAGUGCGGGGCGCUCUGCUUCAGCGUGCCCCUCGCUCCGGGCAGCAGGCUGCUAUCCGCAGCCUAGGGAGCCCUGCGGGAACUCCCGCGGGCUCCCCAGGCUUGCGGAGAGCUACCUGACGCCGGGAGAGCGAGCGGGGGCGGUGCGCCCCGCCCCCUCUCGCUCUCCAAGCUUCAGAGAAAGCUUGCAUUCGCCCUAUAGGACGCACACAGAUUUCCCCUUCAUUUUUGGAAGGGAGAAAGUGCGUCCUAUAGGGCGAAAAAUACGGUGAAUCAGCCAGACUUGAUUUUUUACAGAAAGAUUCAACCCAGCUGGCAUCCUCUUCAUAUUGAAUUUUUACUUAAAUCCCCGUUCAAAUCCCAAUUUAAAUCAGGCAGACUUGAUUUAAAUACUUCUUUUUUUACAGGAAGGCUCAGCCUUGCUAGCCUCCUUUUAAUAUUGACAAUUGGAGAAAAGUUUUCUUUUGGGAACAAUAAAUUCUUUGCAUCCCCUUCCACGACAUUUAUCAGCCCAGAAGCUUUGGGAAACGGGUUCAAAUCGGGAGAAGAAACAGCCCAUUUUUGGGACAGUUAUUUUUAUCUUUAUUUUCCCAAUUUUUCCCAAUUAUGGGCAAUUAAUCCCAUUUUUUCCCCUUGCCCAGAUUACCAACAGGAGCAAAGAGUCGACUUUCGCCCUCAUCCACAGCAUCAGUGAUGCCUUUUCAGGGUGGCUGCUCAUGCUCCUCAUCGGACUCUCGGCAGGUGAGAAAACAACAAACCUAAAAGAGGAAUAAUAAAAUUAUUGUUGUUGUUGUUGUUAUUAUUAUUAUUAUUAUUAUAUAAAAUUACUAUUAAUAAUAAUAUUAUUAGAUAGAAUCAUCUUUUUACAGCAACCCAAUAAGUACAAAAAGAUGUUAUAAAUGGUAUAAAUUGAUGGGGUGAAUUUUAUCUGCAAUUUAGCGGAACCACCUGCUCCAUCAGGGCCCAGUACGGGCCACAUGAUCUCCUGCAACGAUUUUGCAAAGUUUUUUGCAGAUAAAGUCACUCAGAUUCAGGAAGAGGUAGACUCCACCGUGGGAGCAAGGCUGGAGCGGGAGAGUGCUAGUGUCCUGUCUAGUCAAGUUGCGUGGGAUCAAUUCCAAUCUGUUACCUCCAAGGAUGUGGACAGGCUGCUUGGAUGAGUGAAACCAGCCACCUGUGUUCUUGAUCCUUGCCCAUCCUGGCUGAUAAAAGCUAGCCAGGAAGGGCUGGGAGACGGGCUUUGCGAGGUGGUGAAUGCUUCUCUCUGUGAGGGAGCCUUCCCAGACCCGCUAAAAGGGGCGGUUAUCAAACUGCUUCUUAAAAAACCAUCUUUAGAUGCGGCCAUGAUGGCCAACUAUCGCCCACUUUCAAAUCUUCCAUUCUUGGGCAAGGUGAUUGAGAAAGUGGUUGCUGAACAACUCCAAGCACGUCUGGAGGAUGCGGACCAUUUGGAUCCCUUCCAGUCAGGAUUCAGGCCUCAUUAUGGGUUCUGUUCUCUCUCCCAUGAUUUUAAACAACUACACGCAGCCACUGGGAGAGAUCCAGCAGAACUUUGAAGGGGACUCGCAAACUAUAACUAAUCCAGAAUGUGGCUGCUGGACUGGUGACUGGGAGCGGCCACCGAGACCACAUAACACCGGUCUUGAAAGUCCUACAUUGGCUCCCAGUACAUUUCCGAGCACAAUUCAAAGUGUCAGUGCUGACCUUUAAAGCCCUAAACAGCCUCGGUCCAGUAGACCUGAAGGAGCGUCUCCAUCCCUAUCGUUCUGCCCGGACACUAAGGUCCAGCGCCGAGGGCCUUCUGGCGGUUCCCUCACAGCAAGAAGCCAAGUUACAAGGAACCAGGCAGAGGGUCUUUUUGGUGGUGGCGUCUGCCUUGUGGAACGCCCUCCCAGAAGAUGUCAAAGAGAAAAACAACUACAGUGGUACCUCGGGUUACAUACGCUUCAGGUUACAGUUAAUUCUGCUUACAGACUCCGCUAACCCAGAAAUAGUGCUUCAGGUUAAGAACUUUGCUUCAGGAUAAGAAGAGAAAUCGUGCUCCAGUGACACGGCGGCAGCAGGAGGCCCCAUUAGCUAAAGUGGUGCUUCAGGUUAAGAACAGUUUCAGGUUAAGAACGGACCGCCAGAAUGAAUUAAGUACUUAACCCGAGGUACUACUGUACUAGACUUUUAGAAGACAUCUGAAGGCCGCCAUGUUUAGGGAAGCUUUCAAUGUUUGAUGCAUUACUGUAUUUUAAUAUUUUAUUGGAAGCCGCCCAGAGUGGCUGGGGUAGCCCAGCCAGAUGGGCAGGGUAUAAAUAAUAAAUUAUUAUUAUUAGAUAUAAUCAUCUUUUUACAGCAACUCCAGGCGGCUUGCCAUACAUAUAAAAACACUAUGUUCUUGAUGUUUUAUAAGGGAUAAAUUGGUUGGGUGAAAUAAUAAUAAUAAUAAUAAUAAUAAUAAUAAUAAUAAUCCGCAUUGGCCCGAACAUUAGCCGGACUUUCACUAUUCAAAUCGAUUUAAAUCAGCACUUAAAUCACCAUUUAAAUCCGUCAGACUGGAUUUACAGAAUUUACUUUACUAAAAUUUACUGAAUUUAGGUUUUCUCUACUGAAAGAUUCAACCUUGCUGGCAUUCUCUUAAUAUGGGAAGGCCUGGGGGGGAACUGGAAAAUUUAGGGGGGGAAACCAGGUUUUUUCCAGAAAAAUGGGGGGGCAUGUAAUAUUAAAGCUAUAUCAAACUGUUUUUUCCCAUUUUCCCGGUAAAAAAAACCUCCAUUUUUUCGGGUUUUCUCCCCAGGCCUUCCCAUGUCUAUUGUGCCCGUUAUUCUCUCCUCCUCCCUAAUUGUUCUUGCAACGACUUCCAAUACGAAAUUAAAUAGUAAUGGAGAGAUGUCAAGGUGCUUUUUUUUUAAAAAAAAAAAAGAAAAUUAACCUGAAGGAAUUUAAAGGAUUUUUUUAAAAAAAACACUCUAAAUUUAAAAUGAAAAUGGGGAAAACUGAGAAUUUUGAUUUUUUGAAAAUUAAAAUGCAAUAAUUUUUUUUAAAAAAAUGAAAAUACACAGGGGCUUUGGUUGGCUCAAUUGUCCCUUCGGCCCAUUGGGUGAUUAGAUAGAUAGAUAGAUAUGUGGUUUUUUAAAAAAAAUAAAAUCAAAAUACACAGGGGCCUUGGCUGGCUUGAUUGACAUCUCCACCCAUUGGCUGACGGAUCUGAAGGAAGGCGUGUGCCUCAACGGGUUUUGGUACAACCAUGAACAUUGCUGCUGGAAUUCCCGAAAUAUCACUUUCCAGGACCGGGACAAAUGUCCGGAGUGGCAGACGUGGGCGGAGCUUCUGACCAGAAAGAAGAACGGGGUGAGUGGCUUCCCCCGAAUGUCCCCAGAAAUAAUUGCAAAUUAAAUCACGAUUUAAUUCACAAUUUACCAUAUUUUUCGCUCUAUAGGACACACUUUUUCUCCUCCAAAAAUUGAGGGGAAAUGUGUGGCGUCCUGUGGAGUGAAUGCAGACUCCUUGGCUUCAGCAAUAGCAACGCGAAGCCUCCGAAGCGCAGAGGGAGCGCUCCCUCCGCGCUCCGGAGGCUUCGCGUGGCUUUCGCUGAAGCCUGGAGAGCGAGAGGGGGUCGGUGUGCACUGACCCCUCUCACUCUCCAGGCUUCAGGGGUAGCCACCUGAAGCCUCCGGAGUGCAGCGGCAGCUCCCCCUGCACUCCGGAGGCUUUGGGUUCCUUUUGCUGAAGCUGGGAGAGCAAAACUCUCCCGGCUUCAGCCGAAAGGGAGAGCUGCGCAGCGCCCCUUCAGCGAAGCAGCAGGAGAAAUGGAAGGGGCUCCGUUUCUCCUGCCACUUCGGUGAAGGUGCGCUGAGCAGAGAGGGGGAGAAUUAUUUUUUUCUUAUUCUCCCCCUCUAAAACAAAGUGCGUCCUAUGGUCGGGUGUGUCCUGUAGAGCAAAAAAUACGGUAAUUCACGGUUUAAGGGUUUAAAUCACAAUUUACUUCACGGUUUAAAGAUUUGAGUCAUUCCAAUCGCGAUUUCACUCACAAUUUCAGUCAUGAUUUAAUUCACAAUUUAAUUUAUUAAAUAGUGGGUGGACAUAGCAGACGACAGAUUUCUCAAAGUAGUUCUUUAUAAGUAAGCUGGAACUGAACUGAACAGCAAACAGCUCAGCCGGCCUGCUUUUAUAGGCAGCCGGCUGUCAACAUUGUAACAACAACAGCCCAGGGUUUCCCGCCUAAAUUAACUGACGUGGACCAGAGUUGGGAUGCAAACGGGAUCUGUUCCGGAGCCCCGUUCGCAUCCUGAAUAGAACGUAAGACGCGACAGGGCAUCUGCGCGUAUCACGUUUUGCCGCUUUCACGCAUGCAUGUGAUGUCAUUUUGAGCAUCUGCGCAUGCGCGAGCGGUGAAACCCAGAUGUAACGCGCUCCAUUACUUCCGGGUCACCACGGAGCGCAACCCGAAAAUACUUACCCUGAAGUGUAUCUAUCCCGUGAUAUGACUGUACACAAUACCCCCUGGUGGCCAGGAUGAGAACUUCAAUACAUAACACCCCUCCCCACUGAGAUAAGGCAUUCGUUACAAUCAUAGUGGUUCCAUUACAUACAGCAGUACCCUUAUUGGUUUCAAUAAGGCACAUUAGCAUAUCGAUUCCAGUUUUACGAAUUCGCAGGCAUAACUGUUUCACUAUCAACUAUAUUGUCCGUAAGACUCACCAUCACAUAUUAAUUGACCCCAGUCACCAUACAGCUUUACAUGUGCAGUUUGUCCAGUGAACACAGUCUUUUAAGUAAACUGGUCGCUUGGAAACCCUGCCGGACCACCGACUGAUGAGAGGAGGGCUUUGACUGUAUUGAAAGCCGCCGUUUCCCGAUGACCCCAGGACGACGGCCUUUGUGCUGAGGAGGCAGUGUAGAGGCUCGGUUAGUGUUGCUUUGUGGGGAAGAAACAAGUUGUACAAGUUCAGAAACCCCAGGAACACCUGCAACUCUGACAUGCUUUUUGGAAUCGGGGCCUGCUGAAUGGCCCGGAUCUUGGAUGCCUUCAGGUGAAGACCGGAGGCGUCGAUAAGGUAGCCCAGGAACUUCACCUGUAGAACGGCGAUCUGGCACUUUUAUUUUUUCACUUUGAGCCCAGCCUCCUAGAACCUGGUCAGCAUGGUGCAGAUGUGCUUGAACAGUUGCUGAUUUGAGUCUGCGGAUACCAAGACAUCAUCAAAAUAUGGCACCGCGCCCGGAAGCCCCUGCAGGAGACGCUCCAUGAGGCUUUGAAAGAUGCCAGGAGCAACCCUCACCCCGAACUGUAGCCAGCGGCACCGGAAUGCCCCUCAGUGGGUGACGAUCGUCUGAGCUUCAGCAGUGGCAUCAUCAACAGGCAGUUGUUGAUAGGCUUGGGCAAAGUCCAGUUUAGCAAAGACCUUGCCAUCACCCAGGGAAUGCAGCAGGUGCCUUGUUGAUCGUGCACUUGUAUUCUUCACAUAUUCUCACCGACCCAUCCGGCUUAACAGGCGUGACAAUGGGGGUUUCCCACUUGGUGUGGUCAAUCAGCUCUGAGAGUAAAUGGGACCUGGCGUGGCUUUAGCUUCAUGGGGGCGACUUGCGGAUCAAGGCUAAAGGUGAUGGGUGUUCCUGUAUAUUGGCCUAAAGUGCCAUUGAAAACCUCAACAAAGUCUUUGAUUAGGCCAUCAACCUCCGUGUCAGAGAUGGAGUUGAUGACGGUGACUUCCCGGCUGAGGGCAUCAAACCAGUCUAGCUAGCCCUAGAAGGCUAGGCCACAGGCCUUCAACCACCACCAGUCGCAGCAGGCCUGAAAAAUUCUUGAAAGCGACCCGGUACCAGCCGACACCUACCACGGGGAUGUUGUUUCCCUGGUAGUCUCUCAAAUGUAUGCGGUGUGGGUCGAGUUGCCUCUUGGACAGCUUGGACACGAGUCUUUUGAUGGUGCUCCAGGAUACGACAGACAAGGCAGACCGUCAAUCUGCAUGUCACAUGGAGCUCCUUCGAUGAGCACGGUGACAUGUAGGCAAGUUGGUUUGGCCAAUCGUGAAUCCGGACGAGCAGUGGCAGUUGGUGAGGGCGAAACAGCUUCCGUUGGCGGACCAGGGUGAAGACCUGGACUUGCGAGACGGUGAAGGUGGCGUGUCGGAUGGAGCAGAUCGGCAGACCUUAGCAAUGUGGCCCCUUCUGGAGCAUCACUGACAGAUGGCGUCUCUGAAUCGACACUUGACACGGGAAUGAUUGUCUCCGCACCCAGCACAUUCUAAUUUGUCCUUGUACCACUGUUUGAACUUCCCACGCUCCCGCUUCGUCUGGUACACAUCAUCGUCUUUGCUGGCUGACGCCUUGUUACUGUUGGCCUCCUCUUGGUGCACUGGGAUUGGCUUCUUAGCAGGAUGCAGGCUGCUGCCCUUGCGAAUCUCCUGGGCAGAGAGUUCAGUAGCUUCUGAGGCCGCAGCCUCCUCGAUGGUCUUCUGCGGUGUGAGGUCAGGCUUGGCGAGAAGACGCCGUUGCAGAUGGUUGUUCCAAACACCGGAGAAAAUUUGAUCCAUCAGGGCAUCGUCUAAGUCUUGGAACUCACAGUGCAGUGCAGCUUUUCGGAGGGUGGCGAUAUAGUUGUUGAUCGACUCCCCCUCUGCCUGGUCCGGUGGUAGAACACAUGGUGGACAGCAAUUUUGGACGGCUUUGGAGCGUAGCGGUUUUUUAGCUUCUCUUUUAGCACGUCCCACGGCGCUGCCUGGACUGCUAGUGGCAAGACCAAAACUCAGGCCGUCUCAAACACCUCGAGCCCACAAAGGCUGAGGAAUAGGCCCCACUUAUGCUCCUCUGACCCUUUGUCACCUCGUUUGCUUGGAGGAAGCAGGUGAACCGAGCAGUAGAGGCACGAGUGAAGCCAUGGUUCCGAUGACGGAUGGGACACAGUGCAACGGUCAGCUCUGAAUUGGGUUCUGUUCAGUGAUUCCGCUCAGUGUUUUAGCUCAGUGAUUCCACUCAGUGAGCGUCCGAAUCUGGCUGUGCUCUGAUGUCCAUCCAAUCCUACCUUCGUCGCCAGUAUUAAGUAGUGGGUGGACAUGGCAGACGACACAGAGAUUUCUCCAAGUGGUUCUUUAUAGUAAGCUGGAACAGAACUGAACAGCAAACAGCUCAGCCGGCCUGCUUUUAUAGGCAGCCGGCUGUCAACACUGUAACAACAACAGCCCAGGGUUUCCCGCCCAAAUUAACUGAUGUGGACCUGAGUGAAAACUAUAUACACGAUACUCCUGGUGGCCAGGGGGAGAACUUCAGUACAUAACACCAUUCACGUUUUAAAGAUUUAAAUCCUAUUUCAGUUGCAAUUUCUAUCGUGAUUUCAAUCUCAAUGGAAAUCCCUUGUCCGUCAGACUGGAUUUCCAUCCUUUCCUUAUAGGAAGAUUCAGCCUUGCUGUUAUCCUCUUAAUACUGUAUCGUUUUCAGAGCAGGGUAGAUUUUAUUUUGUUUUAUUUAAUUUAUUUAUAUUAUAAUAUGUAUUUUAUUUUAUUAUUAUAUUAUGUUUUGUUUACUAUAUAAUAUUUUAUUUGAUUUUAGUCUAUAAUAUUCAUUUUAUAAUAUUACAUAUUUUAUUAUUAUAUAUUAUUCAUUUUAUAAUAUUAUAAAUAUUAAUUGUAAAUAUUUAAAUUUAUUCCAAUCCAAUCGAUUGAAAUCCACCGUCAGUCAGACUUGAUUGAGAUUAUCUCUUUAAUGAAAGGUUCAACCUUGCUGGCAUCUGAUUUUAUUUUUAUUUUUUAAGAAAAUUGUUUAUUUUUAUCCCCCCAAUUUUAGGGCGCCCUUGCCUACAGCCUCAACUACUUCAUCUACACUGCCUGGGCGCUGCUCUUCUCACUGCUGGCCGUGCUUCUCGUUCGCGGUUUUGCACCCUACGCCUGUGGGUCGGGGAUCCCCGAGGUAAGGCCAGCUAAUCGAUUAUCAAGUCAAUUUUGCUGCGACUUCCCACAUGCUAGAUUUCUGGCUGCAGGGAUUUCAUCCCCUCAUGCUCCCAAAAUCUGAAUAAUUGUUGUAAAUAACAUGACUAUCAACAGUAUGAACUUAAUAAAUAAUAAUAACUCAUAAUGCAUAGUAUAAAUAAUUAUAUAAAUUAAAUAAGUACACAUUAUUAUGAAUAUUAAUAUAAAUAAAAUGAAUAAUACUAUUAUACUUGAAAUAUACAAGAAAUAUGGAUCCCUAGAUUUCUAGCUGCGGGGAUUCCCUUCCCUCCUGCUCUCAAAAUCUGAUUGGGGAUUUAAAUCACCGGGAUCUUUUCAACUAGAAAUGUGGCUGGGGUUCAUAAUAAUAAUUAGUAAUUAUUAUUAUUAUAAGCAACAUGACUUUCAAUAAUGAGAAGAUAAGAAAUAAAUAAUUAUGCACAGUACAAGUUAUUAUAUAAAUGAAAUAAGUAAUAACAACCUCGAUGAAGAAGAUAAAUAUAAAUAUAAAUAAAAUGAAUAAUAAUCAAUAUUAAUUUUUAUUUAUUUAUACUUAUAUUCUUUAUAAUUACAAACCAUAAUAAAUUGGAAAAUAAUGAUAGAGCAUAAAUCAGGCAUAGGCAAACUCCAGCCCUCCAGAUGUUUGGGACUGCAAUUCCCCUCAUCAAUGUCUUCUAUAGAUCUGUUUGGAUGUUUUAUUCAGUUCAUACUUUGAUAUUUAGUAUUUGGCAGUUGACCCAUUAUGGUAAUGUUGGAGACUUUGCAAGAACUUCUUCACCUAUGAAAACACAUUCUGGAUUUUUCUGAAGGGACAUUCUAGACAAACAUUUGGUGAUGAUGGGAAUUGCAGUCCCAAACAUCUGGAGGGCCGGAGUUUGCCUAUGCCUGGCAUAAAUGAUAACAUGAUAAAUAAAAAUAAUGAUAAAUUAUAAUAAAAUGAUAAAUAAAAAAUAAUGAAAGAAUUGAAAUGAUGAUAAAAAAUGAGAGAGUGCAAAUGAUAAUAAAAUGAUAAAUAAAAAAUAAUAAAUAUAAAUUAUAAUUAAAAAGAUAAAUUAUAAAAAAGUGUUAUGUACUCACCCUGGGCCAGCAGGGGGAUACUGUAGAUAGUUAUGCAAAUGAAGGAUCGAAAGUGAUGUUCAGCGAUUGGAUAGUUUGUAUGCAAAUGAAGGAUCGAAAGUGACGUUCAGUGAUUGGAUAGGUUAAGAAAUGGCAACAGUUACUUUGUUCUGGAGCUCUAUAUAAGCAGGCUGACUGAGCUCCUCAGUUCAGUUCAGUUACAGCUUACAAAUAAAGAGCUGCUUUGGAAGAAUCACUGUGUUGUCUGAUAUGUUCGCCCACAACUUAACGAAAAGGAUGAAUAAAAAAAAUAUAAAUAACAUAAAGAAUCAUCAUCCUAAAAAUAUAAAAGGUAAUCCUUUUAUUCUUUGCACCCCAUCCCUCUGGCCAUGCCGCCAACACCCCUCGCUUCCUCCAGGCCCCGAGUGCAAAUCCCCAAACUGACAUUUCUCCUCCUACCUUUUCCAGAUCAAGACCAUCCUGAGUGGCUUCAUCAUCCGCGGCUACCUGGGGAAGUGGACUCUGCUGGUCAAGACGGUCACCCUGGUCCUGGCCGUGGCCUCGGGGCUCAGCCUGGGCAAGGAGGGGCCCCUGGUCCACGUGGCCUGCUGCUGCGGGAACAUCCUCUGCCACCUCUUCACCAAGUACCGGAAGAACGAAGCCAAACGGAGAGAGGUGAGGGACCCCUGGGGCACGUGCAGAAAUCCUCUGGUUGUCAAUAUUCACAGGAUGCCAGCAGGGCCGAACCUUUGCGUAAAUAGUGGAUUGGAUUCCUGAAUCCAAUCGGGAUUCAGGCCUCAUCAUGGGACUGAAACUGCCUUGGUCGCGCUGGUUGAUGAUCUCCGGCGAGCUAGGGACAAAGGUGAGAGUUGUUUCCUAGUUCUGCUGGAUCUCUCAGCGGCCUUUGAUACAAUCGACCAUAACAUCCUUCUGGACCGUCUAGAGGGGCUGGGAGCUGGGGGCACUGUCAUACAGUGGUUUUGCUCCUUCCUCCUGGGCCGUGUUCAGAAAGUGGGGGGGGGAUGGGUGUUCAGACCCCUGGGCCCUCACUUGUGGGUUCUGUCCUCCCCCCCAUGCUUUUCAACAUCUACAUGCAGCCGCUGGGAGAGAUCAUCAGGGGGUUUGGACUGGGUGUCCAUCAAUAUGCAGAUGAUACCCAGCUCUACCUCUCUUUCAAAUCAGAACCAGUGAAAGUGGUGAAGGUCCUGUGUGAGUGCCUGGAGGCAGUUGGAGGAUGGAUGGCGGCUAAUGGAUUGAAGUUGAAUCCUGACAAGACAGAAGUACUGUUUUUGGGAGACAGGGGGCGGGCUGGUGUGGAGGACUCCCUGGUCCUGAAUGGGGUAACUGUGCCCCUUAAGGACCAGGUGCACAGCCUGGGAGUCAUUUUGGACUCAAAGCUGUCCAUGGAGGCGCAGGUCAAUUCUGUAUCCAGGGCAGCUGUCUACCAACUCCACCUGGUACGCAGGCACCCUACCUGCCCGCGGACUGUCUCGCCAGAGUGGUGCAUGCUCUAGUUAUCUCCCGCUUGGACUACUGCAAUGCGCUCUACGUGGGGCUACCUUUGAAGGUGACUCGGAAACUACAACUAAUCCAGAAUGCGGCAGCUAGACUGGUGACGGGGGGCAGCCGCUGAGACCACAUAACACCGGUCUUGAAAGACCUACAUUGGCUCCCAGUACGUUUCUGAGCACAAUUCAAAGUGCUGGUGUUGACCUUUAAAGCCCUAAAUGGCCUCGGCCCAAUAUACCUGAAGGAGCGUCUCCACCCCCAUCGUUCUACCCGGACACUGAGGUCCAGCGCCAAGGGCCUUCUGGCGGUUCCCUCAUUGCGAGAAGCAAAGCUAAAGGGAACCAGGCAGAGGGCCUUCUCAGUAGUGGCGCCCACCCUGUGGAACGCCCUCCCAUCAGAUGUCAAAGCGAUAAACAACUACCUGACAUUCAGAAGACAUCUUAAGGCAGCCCUGUUCAGGGAAGUUUUUAAUGUGUGAUAUUUUAGCGUAUUUUUGGUUUCUAUGGAAGCCGCCCAGAGUGGUGGGGGAAACCCAGCCAGAUGGGCGGGGUACAAAUAAAUUAUUAUUAUUAUUAUUAUUAUUAUUAUUAUUAUUGUGAUUUCAGUGGUGAUGAAUGGAUGGAUGGAUGGAUGAAUGAAUGAAGCUUUACCUUCCACUCAGUAUUUGAAUAAAGGAAUGAAGCUUCACAUGGCAGUCAAGCUUUGAAUGAAUGAUAAUAAUAAUAAUAAUAAUAAUAAUUUAUUUAUGCCCCACCCAUCUGGCUGGGCUUCUGGGUGGCUUCCAACAGAAUAUUAAAAUACAAUAAUGCAUCAAACAUUAAAAGCUUCCCUAAACAGGACUGCCUUCAGAUGUCUUCUAAAAGUCUGGUAGUUGUUUUUCUCUUUGACAUCUGGUGGGAGGGCGUUCUACAGGGCGGGUGCCAUUACCAAGUAACUUGGCUUCUCACAGUGAGGGAACUGCCAGAAGGCCCUCAGUGCUGGAACUCAGUGUCUGGGCUGAACGAUGGGGAUGGAGACGCUCCUUCAGAUAUACUGAACUGAGGCCGUUUAGAGCUUUAAAGGUCAGCACCAACACUUUGAAUUGUGCUCGGAAACGUACUAGGAGCCAGUGUAGGUCUUUCAAGACCGGUGUUAUAUGGUCUUGGCAGCCGCUCCCAGUCACCAGGCUAGCUGCCGCAUUCUAGGUUAGUUGUAGGUUCCGGGUCACCUUCAAAGGUAGCUCCACAUAGAGUGCAUUGCAAUAGUCCAAGCGGGGAAAAUCUAGAGCAUGCACCACUCUGGGGAGACAGUUUGUGGGCAGGGAGGGUCUCAGCCUGCGUACCAGGUGGAGCUGGUGGACAGCUGCCCUGGACACAGAAUUGACCGCCUCCUUGGACAGCUGUGAGUCCAAAAUGACUCCCAGGCUGUGCACCUGGUCCUUCAGGGGCACAGUUACCCCAUUCAGGACCAGGGAGUCCUUCACACCAGCCCGCCUCCUGUCCCCCAAAAACAGCACUUCUGUCUUGUCAGGAUUCAACCUCAAUCCAUUAGCCGCCAUCCAUCCUCCAACCGCCUCCAGACACUAACACAGGACCUUCACCACCUUCACUGGUUCUGAUUUAAAAGAGAGGUAGAGCUGGGUAUCAUCCGCAUACUGAUGAACACCCAGCCCAAACCCCCUGAUGAUCUCUCCCAGCGGCUGCAUGUAGAUAUUGAAAAGCAUGGGGGAGAGGACGGAACCCCGAGGCACCCCACAAGUGAGAGACCAGGGGUCUGAACACUCAUCCCCCAAUACCACUUUCUGGACACAGCCCAGGAGGAAGGAGUGGAACCACCGUAUAACAGUGCCCCCAGCUCCCAGCCCCUCAAGACAGUCCAGAAGGAUGUUAUGGUUGAUGGUGUCAAAAGCCGCUGAGAGAUCUAGGAGACAGAGCAGAACUAGGAAACAGCUCUCACUUUUGUUCCUAGCCCGCUGGAGAUCAUCGACCAGUGCGACCAAGGCAGUUUCAGUCCCAUGAUGAGGCCUGAAUCCCAAUUGGAAGGGAUCCAAAUGGUCCGCUUCUUCAAGGCGUGCCUGGAGUUGUUCAGCUCAAUCACCUUGCCCAAGAAUGGAAGAUUUGAGACUGGGCGAUAGUUGGCCAUAUUGGCCGCAUCUAAAGAUGGUUUUUUAAGAAGCAGUUUGAUAACCGCCUCUUUCAGUGGGUCUGGGAAGGCUCCCUCACAGAGAGAAGCAUUCACCACCUCACAAAGCCCAUCGCCCAGCCCUUCCUGGCUAGCUUUUAUAAGCCAUGAUGGGCAAGGAUCAAGGAGACAGGUGGUUGGUUUCACUCAUCCAAGCAGCCUGUCCACAUCUUUGGAGGUAACAGAUUGGAACUGAUCCCACGCAACGUGACUAGACAGGACUCUAGCACUCUCCCGCCCCGGCCCUGCUUCCACGGUGGAGUCUACUUCUUCCCAAAUCUGAACAACUUUAUCUGCAAAAAACUUUGCAAAAUCGUUGCAGGAGAUCUUGGGGUCUUUCCCAGGCCCCGGUGGCAAAGGUGGUUCCGUGAAAUUGUGAACCACCUGAGUCUCCUGCUGCUGUUUUCUGCAGAUGCAAUAGAGGCGGUGAAAAAAGUCCUCUUUGCCGUCGCUAUCACCACUUGGUAGGCUCAACACUGAGCUCUAACCCGUGUCCGGUCAGAUUCAGAAUGAGUUAUCUGCCGCCAGCGCUCUAGCCGUCUCAGCGAUUGUUUCAUUGCCCUCGGAUCCGUGGAAAAUCACGGGGCUGUCCGGGCUCCAUGCAAUCGGAGAGGGCGCUUCGGAGCCAAACAGUUGAUAGCCCUGGUUAACUCCACAUUCCAGCGGGCCACCAGGGAAUCAGCUGAAAGGCCAUCAACAUGGGAUAAAACAUCCGCUACCACUCUCUGGAAACCAUUUAGAUCCAUUAAGUGAAUGAAUGAAUCUUUAUUUGCGUCAGCCAUCGCCCAUAGCAAUAAAACAAUGAUAUGAUAUACACUGAUCUGAUUCAGUGGUGAUGCCAGCAAGGCAGACUAGUGAUUUAAUGAUGAUUUCAAUCAUGAUUUAAAUAUUUUAAAAGUCUGAAAAAUUAUGAUUCCAAAGGCUUCCCCUGGUUGUUGAUAUUCCAUAAAGAAACCUUUCCGUAAAGAAAGGACUUGAAUCCAGUCUGACAGAUUUCAGUCAAUUGGAUUCCAAUCAAAUCCACCCAGUCCAUCCCUAUUAUCCAACCUGAUCAAUUCCUGCUUGUCAAUACGCAAAACAAUCUUAUAUACCUGGAAAGAAAAUGUGCCCUUUUUUUAUUUAAAAAAAGUAUUAAACUUUCCAUUUUAACCGUCAAAUAAUAACCCCAUGAAAAAUAUUCCUAAUUAUAAUACAAUCCAAAAGACCAAUUUUUGAUCCAUUUUUAUAUCUUUGAAGAUUGGGCUCUUUUAACUUUCUCAACUUUCCUGAUUUAGGUUCUAUCAGCCGCUGCAGCUGCUGGGGUCUCCGUGGCGUUCGGAGCUCCCAUAGGAGGUGUCCUUUUCAGCCUGGAAGAGGUAAUCAAUCAAUCAAUCAAUCAAUCAAUCAGGUUGUUACGGUAAAACCUGAUUUAAAUUUAUGGAAAAUUUCAUUUAAUCUAAAAAUGUUACUCACUAAAAUUUUCUCUGCCCAUCUGACUGGGCUGCCCCAGCAACCCUGAGCAGCUUCCAACAACUACUUCUUCUUCUUCUUAAAAUUGUAUGAUGAUUAUAUUAACAUUAUUAUUCUUCAUUAUUAAAUGUUAUGAUAAUUAUAUUGACAUUAUCAUUAUCAUAAUAUUUAUUAUUAAAUUUUACGAUAAUUAUAUUCCUAUUAUUAUUAUUCAUUAUUAAAUUGUAUGAUGAUAAUAUUUGCAUUGUUCUUUUCUAUCAAAUGGCAUGAUAAUGAUAUUAAAGUUAUAUUUUAUAUAUGAUUAUGUUAAAAUUAUGUUGAUUCAUUAUUCAAUGGCAUGAUGAUAUUAUAUAUUAAUAUAUUAAUAAUUAUAUAAAAUAAUCAUUGUUUACAACAACCAAGGACAAAUUAAAUUAUAAUUACAUACUAUUCUCAUUUACACGACUCUAUGAUCCCAGGUCAGCUACUACUUCCCCCUGAAGACGCUUUGGCGCUCCUUCUUCGCUGCUCUGGUGGCCGCCUUCACCUUGCGCUCCAUCAAUCCCUUUGGCAACAGCCGCCUGGUCCUCUUCUAUGUCGAGUUCCACGCCCCCUGGCACCUCCUCGAACUCGCGCCCUUUGUCCUGCUGGGCGUCUUCGGCGGGCUCUGGGGGGCUGCCUUCAUCCGCGCCAACAUUGCCUGGUGCAGGUGCGUGGGACACGCAUUCAGAUUGCGCCCUGAGAUAAUAUAAAUUUUAAUAAUAAUAAUGUCAUAUUUCUUCUACAUGCCAUUGCAUGUCUCUUCUUGAGUGAACAUGCAAUGUAUAUUUCUGGGAAAUUUAAUUGAAAAUUCCAUUGAAAAUUCCGGAAAAUUAAUUUACUUUUCCUGGAUUUUUCCCCUGCAGGCGGCGUAAGACCACCCGGCUAGGCCGCUACCCAGUGGCUGAGGUCCUGGUGGUGACGGCGGCCACGGCCGUCCUGGCCUUCCCUAACCAGUACACGCGCAUGAGCACCAGCGAACUCAUUUCGGAGCUCUUCAAUGACUGCGGGCGCCUCGACUCCUCGCAGCUCUGUGACUACGUCCGCAAUGGCACCCCCGGGGAGGGUGGGGGGCCCGACCGCCUAGCCGGCCCCGAGGUGCAAAGCGCCAUGUGGCAGCUGGCACUGGCGCUGGCCCUCAAGGGUGUCAUCACUGUCUUCACCUUCGGGAUGAAGGUGAGAGCUGGCCGGGCAGGUGUGGCACUGAGAUUGCACUGGGAUUGUGCUGAUUGUGCUAAUAUUGCGCUGAUGCCGUGAAGGGCAAACGUACUGCUGCACAUGCCUGGGGGGUGCCAUGAACAUUGCCUUCCCCCAAACCCCAAUUCUGGUGGUGGGCUGGUGGUGGGUACAGCCGGGCACUACAUUUCCCAGGCCACUGACCCCUCCCGCUUUUUCCCUUAGGUGCCCUCGGGGCUCUUCAUCCCCAGCAUGGCGGUGGGCGCCAUCGUGGGGCGCCUGCUGGGCGUUGGCAUGGAGCAGCUUGCCCUCCACCAUCCCGACUGGGUGCUCUUCGAAGCCUGGUGCCAACCGGGCGCCGACUGCAUCACCCCGGGCCUCUAUGCCAUGGUGGGUGCGGCCGCCUGCUUGGGUGAGUGGUGGCGGGAGUUAUGCCUUGCUGGCAUCCUCUUCAUUUUGACAAUGAAGGUUUCCUUUUUGGAAUUGUAAAUUUUCGGUCUUUUUUUAGUUAAAUAAAAUUCAUUUCAGUCGUGAUUUGAAUCAGUCAGGCUUGAUUUAAAUCCUUUCUUACAGAAAGAUUCAGUCUUGUUGGCACAAUCUUUCUUUUGGCAAGCAGCUAGAGGUUAAAUCGGAUUUAAAUCAAAAACCUAUCUGAUUUAAAUUUUUAAAAAUCUGAUUUAAAUUUUAAAAAUUGUGUUAAAAAAAACCUGAUUUGAAUAAAAAAACCAAAAUUGAAAAAAUCUGAUUUAAAUUGAAAAAUCCAGACUUAAUUAGAAAUAUCAGAUUUGAAUCAAAAGGCCGAUUUAUAUCAAAAAAAUCCCAUCAAUUUUUUUUAAAAACCCAUUUAAAUUUUAAAAAAUCCCAUUUAAAUUAAAAAAAUCCAACUUACCCGUAUUUUUCACUCUAUAAAACGCACCCGACCAUAACACGCACGUAGUUUUUAGAAGAGGAAAACAAGAAAAAAAGUAUUUUAAACGAAACAGUGGAUGUAUGAUUUUUGUGGUUCAUGCUGUGGCCACAGACAUGUGAUCUGACAGUGAGUUUGAAGUAGCCCAAUGCAAAAAUCCUGAGGAUCCAUGUGGAUCCAUGCUUUGUAACCACGUUUUUGCACCACUGCGGCCCCAGGCAACAGUGGGUGUGUGAAUUUUUUGGUGCAAGAUGUAGCCAUGGACAUGCUAUGUGAUCUGAUGGUGAAUUUGGGGUGACCCAGUGCAAAAAUCCUGAGGAUCCAUGUGGAUCCGUGCUUUGUAACCACGUUUUAAGUGGGGAGGGAAGGAAAAGCACUCAAGGGACAAGGAGCACGCGUGGGGUGGGUGGAGAAGGAUGCUGCUAAUAAUGAAGAAGAGGGGUAUAAGGGGAGGAACCAACUGGACAGGACUCAUGUAAGCGGCUCCUCUCCUCUCCUCUCCCGCUUUGCUCCUUUAAAGCAAGCAGGCUCUCUGUCCCUCUCUCCUCCCCACUCAGCAGCUCUUCUCCCGCUUUGCUGUUUCAAAGUGAGCCACGGAGGAGGGAAGGAAGGGGAACCAUGGAUCCUCUGCUCACGACUGCAGCAGAUCCCCCCACCGCCACCCGUUGGCAUUCCCUCCAUAACACGCACAGACAUUUCCCCUUACUUUCUAGGAGGAAAAAAGUGAGUGUUAUGGUGCAAAAAAUACAGUAAAUCAACAAAAUCCCAUUUAAAUCGAGCAAAAAAUCCAAUUUAAAUGUUAAAAAUCCAAAUUUAAAUUUUAAAAAACCAUUUAAACCCACAAAACCCAAAAAGAAAUCCAAUUUAAAUAUUUAAGAAUCUAAUAUAAAUGUUUUAAAAGUCCAAUUUAAAACAGAAUUCAAAUUUUAAAAUUUUGAUCUCAUUUUUAAUUUUAAUUUUUAAAAUUUGGUUUCAUAAUAAUAUUGAUUUUAAAUAAUUGUCGGUUCAUCUCCCCCCUUCCAGGCGGCGUCACCCGCAUGACCGUCUCCCUGGUGGUCAUCAUGUUCGAGCUGACCGGCGGCCUGGAGUACAUUGUCCCCCUCAUGGCUGCCGCCGUGACCAGCAAGUGGGUGGCCGAUGCAGCAGCCGGGCGCCAGGGCAUCUACGACUCCCACAUCCGCCUCAACGGCUACCCCUUCCUCGAGGCCAAGGAGGAAUUCACACACAAGACCCUGGCCGCCGACGCCAUGCGCCCCCGCCGACCCGCCGACCCGCCGCUGACUGCCCUUCCGCAGGAUGCCAUGACCCUGGGAGACGUAGAGGGGGUGCUGGGCUCCACCGGCUACAGCGGGUACCCGGUGGUGCUCUCCCGGGAGUCACAGCGCCUGGUGGGCUUCGUGCUACGGAGGGACCUGCUCAUCUCCAUUGGUGAGGGGUUCAAGAAAGGUUAAGCCUCGCUGGCAUUAUCCUCUUCCUCUCAGUUUCUGGUCAAGGUCCAGUUCGAAUCCCCAUUGGGAUUGAUUGAAACGCCAGCAAGGGGGGGAAUUUCAGUUGGCUGAGUUUUGCACCCAGACCAAUCCUCCUCUCUCUUUCCCCCACCUCCAGAAAAUGCCCGCCAGACCCAAGAGGGGAUCGUGACCUCCUCAAUGGUCUCCUUCUCUGACCACUCGCCCCCGCUGCCCCCGAACUCGCCGCCCAUCUUGAAUCUCCGCCCCAUCCUCGACCUCAGCCCCUUCACCGUCACUGACCACACACCCAUGGAAAUCGUGGUGGACAUCUUCCGGAAGCUGGGCCUCCGACAGUGCCUGGUGACGCACAAUGGGUGAGGCACCAGGUGCAAGACGGAUGUGCAGUGGGUACGAGAGGUGUCAGGUGCAAGACAGGUGCCGGGUGUGAGAGAUGAUGGGUGUGUCAUACGUGGGUGUGAUGGGUGCUGGGUUCGAGAUACAUCGGUGCUGGAUGUGAGGGAUGCUGGGUGCGAGACACACGGGUGCUGAGUGCAAAAGAUGCGGGUGCUGAGUGUGAGAGAUGCCAGGUGCGGGACAUGUGAAUGCUGGGUGUGAGGGGUGCCGGGUGCUAGACACGUGGGUGCUGGUGCGAUAUGGACAAGUAGAGGAAGAUUUUUCAGACCAGGGUGGAUUGGAUUUAAAUCGAGUUUAUUAAAAUUAGUUUUCACCCACCCUGACCCCAGAAUAGGGACCUCGGUGAAGACUUGAGUUUGAGAAUUACACCACCAUUCUCUUCCAAAUUAACUGUUCUUUUCUUUUCUAGGAAACUCCUGGGAAUCAUCACCAAAAAGGAUGUUUUGAAACACAUCGCACAACUGGCUAAUCAGGAUCCAGAUUCCAUCCUUUUCAAUUGA